UCUGAGAGAUGUGUUGUCAUGCCUCAUUCGUGUUUAACCAUGCAGAGUUAAAACUGGAAAAGAAAAUACACUAUGGUGAUUCUCCAUUCAUCAUGUUGCAUUACCAGCGGUGGCUAAGCUGAAGUUUCCUAUACCUUGAGGAGAGUAUGUAUAAAAGGAAUGGCCUCAUGGCCAACGUGACAGUGACCUCCGCCACUCCAGAGGGCAGUAGCAGUUCUGACUCACUGGAAGGACGGAGUUCAGAUUAUGCUCAUAAAAGCUAUGAUGCAGUUGUAUUUGAUGUAUUGAAAGUAACACCAGAGGAAUUUGCAAGUCAGAUUACAUUAAUGGAUAUGCCAGUAUUUAAAGCUAUACAACCAGAGGAAUUAGCAAGUUGUGGAUGGAAUAAGAAAGAGAAACACAUUCUUGCCCCUAAUAUUGUUGCCUUUACAAGGAGAUUUAAUCAGGUCAGUUUCUGGGUUGUACGAGAAAUUUUAACAGCACAGACGUUAAAAAUAAGGGCAGAAAUUUUGAGCCAUUUUGUGAAAAUAGCUAAGAAACUUCUAGAACUGAACAACCUUCAUUCUCUCAUGUCUGUGGUAUCAGCACUGCAAAGCGCACCUAUAUUCAGGCUGACAAAAACCUGGGCACUUCUGAAUCGCAAGGACAAGACCACCUUUGAGAAACUGGACUAUUUAAUGUCUAAGGAAGAUAAUUAUAAGAGGAUGCGGGAAUACAUCCGAAGUUUAAAGAUGGUCCCCUGUAUUCCUUAUUUAGGGAUUUAUCUGUUGGAUUUAAUCUACAUUGAUUCAGCAUAUCCUGCUUCUGGCAGCAUCAUGGAGAAUGAACAAAGAUCCAAUCAAAUGAACAAUAUCCUCCGAAUAAUUGCUGAUUUGCAAGUCUCCUGUAGCUAUGAUCACCUUAUAACACUACCCCAUGUGCAAAAAUACUUAAAAUCUGUUCGGUACAUUGAAGAGCUUCAAAAAUUUGUAGAAGAUGACAACUACAAGUUGUCCUUAAGAAUUGAACCAGGAAACAGCUCUCCGCGACUGGUGUCUUCAAAGGAAGAUCUUGCAGGUCCAUCAGAGGUGUCAGCAGCUGUGAGGUUCAACAGGAGACCAACCUGUCCUGAUGCCUCGGUGGCAGCCAGCCUGCCAACUCCUCCUGUACCACGACACAGGAAGAGUCACAGCCUGGGAAACAAUAUGAUGUGUCAGUUAAGUGUAGUUGAAAGUAAAAGUGCAACGUUCCCAACAGAGAAGCCACGCCACCUGCUGGAUGACAGUGUGCUAGAAUCCCACAGUCCUGUCAGAAACCACACAUUAAACUCUGUUUUCACCAAUGGUAUUUCUAUAGGAAGCAGUGAAAGCUCAGAAUUUAGUGAGGAGCCUUCUUCAGGGCUUGAGAGGGGUCGGUUGUAUGCCACGCUGGGGCCCAACUGGCGGGUACCAAUUCGGAAUUCUCCCAGAAGUCGAAGCUGUGUCUACAGUCCAACAGGGGCUUGUAGCUGCACAUCAGGGAGUUCCAUAGGAGUUGUUACCAUGGAAGGGCCUUUAAGAAGGAAGACAUUACUAAAGGAAGGCAGGAAGCCUACGCUUUCCUCGUGGACUAGAUAUUGGGUUACCCUUUCAGGAUCUACUCUGAUCUACUUCGGAGCAAAGUCUUUAAGAGGCACUGAAAGAAAGCACUAUAAAUCUACUCCAGGAAAAAGGGUUUCCGUUGUUGGAUGGAUGGUAGCACUGCCUGAUGAUCCUGAACAUCCUGAUAUUUUUCAGCUAAAUAACCCUGAUAAAGGCAAUGUUUACAAGUUUCAGACUGGUUCAAGGUUUCAUGCAAUACUGUGGCACAAGCAUUUGGACGACGCAUGCAAAAGCAACAGGCCUCAGGUACCUGCAAACCUUAUGUCAUUCGAGUAACAUGCUUCAGUGUGUGGUGUGACUUCAAGUGCCAAACUGCAGGACAAGGAAUUGUUCCCACAGGAGAACAGAGGAAGGAGACUCCAGAGCGAGCCAGCUGUCUGUAACAGCAACUUCAGCACUUUUCUAUGUAACUUGAAAGUAAUUAUGACAGAGCUUCUAAAAGCAGAACGUGAAUGUUGUCCUUAGGACAGGAUCUAACCUAAUGCACUGAUGAGAGAAAUGAAUUUAGACUGAUCCAAGACACAUCCUGCUCCCAACGCAGGAUCCUUGAGUCCUUGACUUUAGCUUUGUGGUCACAGACUACCGUGGAUUUCUGUUCUGCCACAAACUGUGCAUCACAUCUUCUGCAAAUUCUUUUUUUUUAACUGCUCUUUUUAUUGUUGAGCUGCUUUAUGUGACUGAAGAACAUUUAGCCCAUGUUGGGUUUUCAAUUAUUUCUAAUGCACAAAACAAUUGACAGUGUUAACAUGCUGCAAAGUGUCGAUUAGAAUAGGACAUUGUGGAACAACGUUUUUUCUAACCUUAAGUGCACUGAGUUGCUUGACAAUGUGGCUGCCUCAGAUUUUGUAUAAAACCUAGGGACAAAACUGAUGUUCAUCCCUGAGCUAUUUGGGAAAUGUGUAUUUUGGCACAAGAUAAACCACCUGUAAUUUACUGUUUCUUUCUUGAAAUUGUUUCUGCUGCUUUGUUUUAAUGUACAGGAGGUGCCCAGUGAUGUGAAGAGUGUGUUGCUGCUGAAAUCCACUUGGUAUUUAAGGCUCUUUCUGGCCUCCUUUCUUGUUUGCCUUAAAUUAUUUGAGCCCCCCCCCCUUAACUAUGGGUGCUAUUCAUCUAAAAUGUCUAGUGGUGCAGAAGUCAUUUGCACCUACAGAGCUGCAUUCAGAUAUUCCCGGUUGGCAGGGCAUCUGCUUGUCACUACAUUCUUGCCUCGUUGGAGGGGUUCUUACCAUCCCAAAACUUUCCUUUUGAUAUUUCACAACCUCCUGUAAGCUCACAACAUGUUAAUAUUUUGACAUCAUUAACCAAGGAAAGCAUAGCUGGAUCGAGCUCCACGUUUCCCCAGUUCCUGAUUACCUAAUCUCCUGAACAGAAUCCCUUCAACAUACAUUCAGACCCUGCCUGCCUACAAGAGUGAGGAGGCUGCGUGGCGCAGCCUUCAGUCUCUGUGGGAAGCCAGCAGUCAUUUCGGAUGAACUCAGCCCCACAUUUGAAGACAUGCCCUGACCAAGGGACGUUAUCUACUGAUCUGGUUGAGUCUUGAUGAUUUUUGAACCUUAAAAAAUAUAGAUAUAUAGAUAUACUUUUUUUCUUUAAUGUUUAGUAUGUUGUUGAUUGUAAUCUGCUUUUAAUCGUCAUGCUACUGUAUGUUUUGUGUCAUAGUCCUGAGAAUGAAACCCAAUAUGAAACCAGCUCGUGAACCUUGUCAUCUCCCCACAAUGGGAGUCAGGCAGCUUCUCAUGCAGAUAUGUCCUUCAACCUCCUUUUUUAAUAGGUCAGGUUGACUGGGUGCUGUGCGCUUGAUUGCCCUGUCGACCCAAAAGGUAACCUGGUAUGAGCGAGGCCAUAGCAAAGGAGCUUCUGUAAGUCUAAGAACAAAUUCCCCCAAUGGCAGAUGAAUAGUGGGGUUUUGUUUGGUCAUCAUCGUGGGCAUUUCCUGACCAAGUGUUCUCUUGCACAAGGAGAUGCUGGCAGUUUAAACAUUUUGAUUGUUCUCCGGGAUGAAACUCUUGUCUGGAUUUGCAUCUAAAGUGAAAAUGUAAGAAUGUGAUUUAGCAAGGUCUGCGUACUAUGUGCUGAUGAUACUCCAUUCUUAUUCAGAAUACAGAAGGAGAGACAUCUGGGCAGCUACAGGGUGGUAAUGUAAAGGUCCGGCCUCCAGACCUACUAGUGGCUGUGAAGAAUUCAACAUGAUCCUUUCUUUUUUAACCAGGAAAGGACCCCAUCCUAGCAGCAUUCCCUGUUUUGAAUGCUCAUUUCAUGAAUUAAAGUGAGAGCCUCAUUACAGCACUAAGGAGAAAACAACAGCCCAUUUUACACUUGUAUUCGAUUAACACAGUCCUCUUUGUUCUCAGCAUAUCCCUGAACUCUUAUCUUCAACGACUUUUAAGGAUGCCAAAAAAUGCAAGAAGUACAUGACUUGAAGCUGAGAAAUUGUAAAGCUGAAAUGGUUAAAACAAGAACUGGGCCUUCCUCUGCUGCCAAAAUGCUAAAAGCGACACAAAGGGAAUUAGGACAUGCAUAAUUAAUUUCCAUCACAUCAAUCGAACGAUAUAAUGGUAGAGUUCAGGUUGCCAUUCUGUGGAAGAGAACAAUCAGUACAGUAAGUUUGACCUCAACUUACUUAGAGGUCAAAAUAUACAUCAACUAGAGUGCCGAUGCUUAGUUUUUCUCCCAAAGUAGAUUUAAACUAACUAAAUUCAGAUGACCCAGAACAAGAUCUACUGACGGUGAUGAUCAAUAGUCCAGGUGCUCAUGGUUAAGGUCACAAUAGUUGCAUUUAAAUCUUGCAGCAAAUGCCCUAUGCUUACUCUCACUUUCCAGGUCAGUGGAAGCUACACACCAAAAUAAUGGUGGCAAUCACAGGCCAGGCAGUCAAAGGGGUGUUUGAUAAUUUCCCAUUACCUGGGCAGUGGCAGCUUGCAGCCCUCAGCCAUUUGUAGCAAUUGGGAAAAUGAAGGAUGCCAUCUAAGCAUAGGAAGUAAGUCCCAUUGAACUCAGUUGGAUUUACUUCUAAGUAAGGAUAUUAGUAUUUAACUGUCAGAGCAAAAGCUCCGAGAACAGCAAAUCCCUAGUUUGCUUUUGGUUUAACUUUGUACUUCCUGAAGGAACAAGGAUAAGUAUUUUGACCUUUGGAUAUAAUUUCAUCUGAUAAGAGAAAAAAGGUCUCCCCAAUUCUCACCAGCUUUCAUCAUUAUGCAUCAGUCCCCUCAACCACAAAGAGUUUAGACCCCAGACCAGCAGGGGCCCUGAUCUAACGUGUCCCGAAUGAAAAGGACACUGGUGGUGGUGGCACCCAUGAGGCAGAAAUCUCUCCUUAUGUAAUGAAUGAAACUUGCAUGCAUCUGUAGGGGGAAGGAAAUAACUUGGAAUGUAGCUACUUGAAAGUCCCUCUGCAAAUUCGCAUUUGGAAUGGGGUUUUUUUUCCAAGAAAAGAAAACAACUGGUGAUACAAAUGACUGACCUUGAUUUGAUGUAUAUAUAGUAUUUUGUCUGGACAUGAACUUGGAAAAUUGUAUACUAAUGACUUGUGUGAUAAUGGAGUAACAUGGUGCAGUAUUCAGCAAUACAGGCAGCUUUGCUGUACAAUGUUUUAAGAAGAUGAAAUAAAUGAGUAUAUGGAUAUUGUUGUUAACAUAAUCCACAUUUAAAUUGUUUUCUUCCUAUAAAAGCAUGAACUCUACUUAGCUACUGGGUUUUUUUAGCGCACCUUUUACUAGGAAUUAAAUAAUAAAGUGAAGCAUAUUGAUACUGUUUAAAAUAUCACCUCUGUCAUGGGGGUAUUACAAACUCUGAUGCAGAGGUCCCAUGCAUCUCUGAUGCACACACAGAGCUUUAGAGCUUGCUGGCUGCCCCCUCUCAUUCCAGCAACAGCAACGGAUCCAUGUGUGCAAAGGCAGGGUUGUAUAUAUCAGCCUUCUUUAUGGGGGAGUUUUUACAGAUGGGUUAUCUCUGUGUGCCCGUUCAGCAUCUGACUCCUAAAACAGAUGGCCGCCUCAGUGUGUAACUACAUGAUACAUCUGACGUGUGCUGUGCCACUUCAUGAGUGUGUGACCAGACUCACAGUCAGAUGUACAUCAGGGGAACCCACUUGUUUGCUUGGUGCUGCAAGGAGGGAGAUGAAGCUUUGAGUUCCCUUUCACCCCACUUUCAGUAGCAGAAAGGAGAGAGGCUCUUUUCACCACUUUUCUCUGGCUCCGUGUGUCCUUUCUGGGACACAUACAGGAAGCUCCUUCUGCCCCCUCAGAGCAUUGAGCAAGCGAGCGCUUUUUAAGAUGAGUUUCCCUCGAGUCCAGUCACACACCUGUGACCCAGCAUAUGUGUAAGCAUAUUGUGUAGCUUGGCCCCCAGACUGCUAGUCUAGCGAUAAUUCAUUUACGCAGCUAACCUCUUUGUUCAGCAACUUUAUGAAAAAGGUCCCUGUCAGUUGUUUUCAGGAUGACUGUUUUUAAUGACAUGUGAAGCUAUGAGCUAUAUUGCAGCAAUAUUAUUUAUUGUUAAUUUAUUAGAGUGUGAGUAAUUUUAAAGCAAACUUAGUGCCAAAAUGCAUGUUUUUCCCUAUUAGCACUCAGUUGAGGCAGAAACAGUAGUACUCAAUUUUUGACCCAUUUGUCACAUUGUGAUGUAAACCAGUUUUCUAGAUUUCAAUUUGUUUCUUGUGAAAAUUGUUGCACUAUUUUUUUUGGCCGUAUUCCAGCAGCCCACUGCAUGCCGUUUAUGUAAGGCCCCUUUCUAAAACAAACAAACAAAAUAAUAAUUCUUGUGAAUUGUCUCACUCAUGAU